AUGUUCUCCUUCUUUUCUGUGGUGAAUUUACCUGCCACGUUCCACCUCACCGGCUUCCCGGGCCUGGAGCGUCUCCACCCCUGGAUCUCCAUCCCUUUCUGUGCCUUGUACUUCUCCUCCAUCCUGGGGAACUGCACCAUUCUCCUCAUUGUCCGGCGGGACCGGCGCCUGCACGAGCCCAUGUAUUUCUUCCUGUGCAUGCUGUCCCUGAACGACCUGGGCGUCUCCCUCUCCACCCUCCCCACCGUGCUGCCCCUCUUCUGCUUCGGCCUCAGCGAGGUGGCCUUCGACGCCUGCCUGGCCCAGAUGUUCUUCAUCCACUCCUUCUCCUUCAUGGAAUCCGGGAUCCUGCUGGCCAUGGCCUUUGACCGCUUCGUGGCCAUCUGCAACCCACUGCACUACUCCUCCACGCUGACCACCCCCCGUAUCUCCCGGAUCGGGCUGGCUGUUGUCCUGAAGAGCACCGCCAUGCUCUUCCCUUUCCCCUUCCUCAUCAAGCGCUUGCCCAUCUGCCGCUCCAACCUCCUCUCCCACGCCUACUGCCUCCACCCGGACAUGAUGCGGCUGGCCUGCGCCGACAUCACCGUCAACAACAUCUACGGCUUCUUCGCGGUCCUCUUCACCUACGGCCUGGACUCCACCUUCAUCGUUUUGUCCUACCUCAUGAUUCUGAAGGCCGUCUUGAACAUCGCCUCCCGGGAGCAGCGCCACAAGGCCCUCAACACCUGCGUCUCCCACAUCUGCGCCGUCUUGACCUUCUACGUCCCCAUCAUUGCCGUCUCUGUCCUGCACAGGUUUGGGAAAAGCGCCCCUCCUGUGGUGCACAUCAUGAUGUCCAACAUCUACCUCUUUGUGCCUCCCUUGCUGAACCCCGUCAUCUACAGCGUCAAAACCAAGGAGAUCCGGAAGAGAAUCUUCAGAAAGUUUGUCUGA